UACCCAUUAUUAAAUACAACAAGAGGCCUAAUAGUAAACAUUGGUCACAACAUAAAAUAUCUCUAGCAUUUUAAAUCCAAAUUUCAGUUUGAGCUUAUGAAUUGCCACACCCGUGAUUACGUGAUCCGUUUAGGCGUGAGUGUCGAGUACUUAGCCAAGUCCACAUUUAGUUUUGGUGAUCAGAUCGCAUGUCUAUAUCAAUUUUAAAAUUACACACCUUUGACAAGAGUAAAAGCAACUAUACCACUUAAAAUAAAAGUAUUCAAUUUGAAUUACGAUAACUGAUAUGAGAUUUUUUAGCACUUAGCUUUUGGUGUGAUUAGCCCUGGUAAACUGGAUUGUACUAGCUUUCAUACAAAGGAUGGUUUAGGCCAUGGAUCCAAAAGAUGGGCUUUAAUGUAUCUUCUCCAUAACUUUUUUUUUUUUGGAUGAAAUGUAAAUUUAUAUUAACACCCAAAGAAAACUAUACAUCAUGAGUUCUAGAUCUCCUAAAUCCCCCCCACCCCUACAUAGUGUAGGGGUAAGAAGAGGUUUUAUUCGAUCUAAUCAAAGGUCAAAAUAACUCAAAAAGGGCCUAAGUAUACAAUACUAAAUGCCCAAAAAUCACAAAAGAAAACGGUGCUGCCAUGAUGCACGCACACAGAUCAUAACAAUACAUCAAAAAACAUAUGCGAACAUCCCAACCAAGAGGAGGUUAUAGUGAAGUCUCCCCUUAGCCUCAACCAGAAGUCCGAUGUGUUGCAAGGUACACACAAGUCCAAGGAGGUUAUGCCGUGGCUUAGGCAUCCAUCAUCAAAAGUUGAUCAGUUCAUGCGGGUAUAAGUUGUAUAGGACCUUAUACACCACAUGCUUGAUCUUAGCAGUUAUAUCUCCCUCCGUCUUUGAUCCCCCCUCAAAUCGUAUCUCGUUACGCCCAUGCCAGAUAUAAUAAACCGUGGCACAGAAAGCGAGGCGUGCUGCCUUUGCCUUCAACGUCGAUCCUCUAUGAGUCUUCAUAAUCCACUUCACGGCACUUAGCAAGGUGGUCAUAUCAUGCCCAAGUCUCAUACAGUUCCUUAUGUGCUGCCACACCCUACAAGUAAAGGGGCAAAGGGAAAAAAGGUGUGGUAUUGUCUCCAAACCACCCUUGCACAGGUCACACCUAUUCACAAUGUGCAGAUAACCGAGGCUAUCCUGGGUAGGAAGCCGGUUUCUUAGGGCCAACCACACGUUAAAAGAUAGUUUGGGGGGAAUGUAGGAUUUUCAUAUGAAACUCAUAGGAGUCCUAACAUUACCCUUAACUCUAAGUAAAUCAUAAAUUUUUGCGGAGGUUAAUUUCCCAUUUGUGGAACGGGAAUUAAGACCAAGAAUCAUAUCAUUCAAGUUAUUAAAACAACCCCGGAUUUUAUCUCGAAUGAGACUAAGUCGCUUCAUGAGCUGGGAGUCUCGGGUGUGUGGGACAAAAUCCCACACGGUUCUACCCUUGAGGUAUACACCGUUCACCCAACGAACCCAGAGCGUGUCUUUCUUUAGAUGUACAUCCCAGAGGGUGCGCACAAGGAGGGCGUGAUUCCAUAUCUUAGCAUUGUGAAUGCCAAGGCCGCCUUCCUCUUUGGGGAGGCAAAUAUACUCCCAAACCACCUUUGCGAAUUUGCCACCCCAUAAAAAAAUACGACAUAUCGAAACAAUUCUAUCAAGAAUAGUUUGAGGCACCGGAAACACUUGGAGCCAAAACGAUUGGACCCCUUGGAUCACCGAUCGUAUUAGCUCAAGUUUACCUGCAUAUGAAAUCGUCUUGGUGUUCCAGGUGCUUAGGAAAUCAUUUACCGUAUCUAGGAGUGGCGCAAAUUGGGCCACGGAGAUUUUUAAAGGCGCAAGUGGGAUACCGAGAUAUCUCACCAGGAAAGCUCCACGAUCGAAGUCCACGAGGUCUAAAAUGCCCUGCAAAUCGUAACUAUUAACCCCACCAACGAAAAUGUUAGAUUUGUUAUGGUUAACCCUUAGGCCCGAUACGUCCCCAAACUCUUCAAGAGCCUCAACCAAUAUUCCAAUGGAGUAUUUGUCUCCUCUCGAGAAGAGCAUAAGAUCAUCUGCAUAGGCCAAGUGGGUUAUACCCAAGGACCCACAAAGCGGGUGAUGGUUAAAGCCCGAUACUUUAGAUUUCAUGGUAAGAAGGCGAGAGAAGUACUCAAGGCAUAGAACGAAAAGCAUCGGGGACAUUGGAUCCCCAUGCCUAAUGCCACGCUUACCCUUAAAGAAACCAUGCAAAAUUCCAUUCAACGAAACAGAAAAAGACGCGGUAGUAACGCACUCCAUUAUCCAACCCACAAAUAAAUCGGGGUAGCCCAGACCCUUAAGAUCAUUGGCAAGAAAAUCCCAAGAAAUAGUAUCAUAGGCCUUGCGCAAAUCCACCUUAAUCAUACAACGAGGUGAGAUUCGCUUCCUAUUGUAUCCUCUAACAAGUUCCUGGGCGAGGAAAAUGUUAUCAAACAUUAGGCGGCCAUCCACAAACGCACCUUGUGCUUUGUUAAUCAAACCCGGAAGGGUAGGGAUUAAUCUUGCCGCAAUAAUCUUCGUAAUGAUCUUAUAAAGCACAUUAGUACACGAAAUAGGUCUAUAAUCUGAGACCAUAGGGGAGUGACUAGUUUUAGGAAUUAGAGCUAUCACAGUAUGAUUUAACUGUUUAAGCAUCUUUCCCGAGUUAAAGAACUCUUUGAUCACCCGAGUCACAUCCCCCCCCACAACAUUCCAAUUUUUCAUAAAAAACGCCGAUGAAUAACCGUCCGGCCCUGGUGCCUUGUCAUCCCCAAUAUCAAACAAAGCAUCUUUAAUUUCUUUGUUAGAUAUCGGAAAUAAUAGGCUAUAAUGAACACUUGGUUCAAUCAAAGGGCCGGUUCCUAGUACCGUUUGGUCAAAGGAAAAGGUUUCCAUCUCGGUGCCAAAAAGAUCAACAAAAAAUUUUACAAAUUCAUUCCCAACAUGAUCAAUAGAAGUAGUGAGGCUACCAUCCUCCAACCUAAUGUACGUAAUGGUAUUCCUGGCCUUGUUCCUUUUGACGAUAGCGUGGAAAUACCUUGUGCCCUUAUCCGCCUCAAGGAUAUGUGUAGCUUUCGCACGCUGUUGGAAGAAACUACAUUCGGCCUCACCUAGGAAGGUGGCUCUUUUCCUCACCCCAUUUACUUGCUCUUUGAGGUCGGCAUCAUCGGGAGAAUCAAGCAACAACCUGUUAAGCCUUUUAAAAUCUUCCUUCGCAUUUUUUGCCUUCAUAGAAAUAUGACCGAAUUCCACUUUGUUAAGAUUCUUAAGCGGCUGUUUUAGCAACUUAAGUUUCUUAGCAAUUUGGAAUUGAGCCGUGCCUUGAAUAUUCACAUUCCAAUUCUGCAAAAGUAUGUUAGUGAAAGCACAAUGUUGUAACCACAUGUUAAAAAAUUUGAAUGAUUUCGGCCUGAGAGAGGUAUUGUUGAGUAUAGACACCACGGAAGCCGUGUGGUCAAACUCGACCUCCAUUUCAGCGAAAUGGGCCUUGCAUUCGAUCCUCAAACGAGCCCACGUCUCAUUUAACAAUACCCGGUCAAGUUUUGCCCAAAGAGGUCCCUUAUUCCACGUAAAGAAUUCCCCCGUGGAUGGGGCAUCUUGAAGGCUAGCCCGGAUUUUAAAAUCAAGUAAGUCUUUUAAAAGAUAGUUCGAGGGUGCGUUAGAACCCAAUCUCUCAUUAGGAGAGUAAACACAAUUAAAGUCACCCGCUAAGAACCAAGGGUCUUUAAUUUGAUCCCCAAGCAAAGAGAGGUGCUCCCAUAGAGACCUACGCCUCAAAACUGUAUAUAGCGAAUAGAUAAAAGUAGCAUGAAAAACAGUUUGAGACGUGAGGCAUAGGCAUUUGAAGUGCAUGUGUUGUUGGAGAUAUUUAAUUGUGAAUCAAGUUGGUCAUAGAUUAGCUUUAUAUUUAAUCCUUGUAUUUAAAUAGUGCAUAAAUUAGAUAGAAAUCAGGCCAAGUGUUAGGCCCAUUUAAACAGGCCAAAAGCCUGGUACGCCUAACCUAAACCUCGCCUAUAAAAAGGGAGCCGAGGUUUAGGAAAAGGCUGAACGUCGUACUUAUUAUUCAUAGCCUUACGCUUAUCAUUCUGCUGUACGUUCCACGGUUUAUCAAAGAAGGUUUUACGGUGAUUCAUUCUGUGUUCAUCUUUACGUUUAAUCUUCCUUGUUAGAUCGAUUAUUCAUUGCUGUUACAGAAACAAGGACUAACAAUUGGUAUCAGAGCCGAUCGAGAACGAUCAGAAGAACUCCUGCAGAAUACUCUGUUUUUUGUUAACGAAAUUCAUUCUGUCGAUUUUUUGCUCUGUAAUUUUGUUUCUUGUUCAAAAGUUGUAAAAGUUACACCUUUGGAAUCGCCUUUUCAAAGCGAUCAAAGGGUAUACUUCAGUUUGUGUUUUACGCAAUUUUAGAUUUCGAGAUAUCUCGAGCUAGGCAUCUCGACAUCCUACUUCUUCACAGGUUCUGCUACGUUUUUCGAGUUGAAAACUUUACCAGAAGAUCUCGACAUUCAACUCUACAGGAAACUAUCUUCAGAUUUUGUUUAUCUGAUUUUUACGGGUUGCAGAAUUUCGACAUUGAGGAUUUCGACAUCUAGGAUUUCGAAAUCUUGAUUUCGAGAAAAGGAUUCGACAUCUGUUCUCGACAUUUGACUCAUCAGAUUAAGAUUUCGAGAGAUUAACUUCUCGACAUUUCAAAUCUCGAGAUCAGCCUCUCGAAAUUUGAAAUCUCGAGAUCCCUAAUCUCGAGAUCCUUAAUCUCGAGCCCAAAUCUCGAUAUCGGGCCUCCUUUAUCGAAAUCUGAGAUUUCGAUAUUCAGAUCUCGACAUCUGAUUUUUCGAGAUUCUGCCUCUGAAAAUCUUUUGAUCAAUUUUCUCGAACGGUCAGUUUAGUACAGCAAUGGGUUCAGAAUACAAUGCACAAGGGAACAGCAGUACCCCUCCUAGCCUCAGGAAGGGAGAAUAUCAAAUGUGGAGGAACAGAUUUCUAAACUUCCUCGAGCACAAAGAGAACUCUUCUGCAAUGCUCGAAUCCUUGCUUGAAGGACCAGCUGAACUCUUGAUUUCAGUUGGUGGAGAUCCAGAGAACAAUCCUCCUAUUUUUCCAGAAAUAAGAAGAAAAGUGCCGUCUGAAUACACAGAAGCUGACAAGCUCAGACUUCGUGGUGAUCUUAUGGCCAAAACGUACCUCCUUCAAGCAAUACCAAAUGAGGUUUAUGUUCUCAUAGAUAGCAUGCAGACAGCUAAGGAAAUGUGGGAUGAAAUAGAGAAGCUGCUACAAGGCACAAGCAUCAGCCUCAAAACAAAGAAGACUACGAUUCUCAUCGCUUAUGACUCCUUCAAAGCAGGUCCAGGAGAACCAUUGAAUGAGACUACAACAGACUUGUUCAACUGGUAAAUGAACUCAGAAAGAUCAAAGUAUUCAGGUCCAAUCUGGAACUGAAUAUUAGAUUUUUAUCCAGCCUGCAUCCUGCAUGGGAAAAGACAGUGAAGGAUGUCAGAUCUCGGAUAGAUUUGGACGAAAUUGACCUCUGCACACUCUAUGAACAUCUGAAACAAUUUGUCAACGAGGUUGCCUGUGCUGAGGAUCAUCACACCACAAACCCCUUAGCUCUAGUAAUGGAGGCUCAGCCAAGAAGAACAACCACUUCACUAAAGAAGAAAAAGAAGAAGGUGGUGGUUGAAUCAGAUGAUGAUGAUGAGUGAUGAUGACAAAUCUGAUCUAGAGGCUGAGCUAGCUGACUUACAGAAGAAGAUGGCACUGCUGGCCAAAAGAUUUGCUAAAAAGAACACCUCUUCCAACAGGCUAAGAACUUCCUCCUCAAACUACAAGCAGAAGAACCAUGAUCAAGGAUCUUCUAGGAAGGCAUCAUCAGCAGAAGAAGCUCCUAAAUGCUAUAAUUGCGGCAAGCCUGGACAUGUGAUUAAAGAUUGCCGCCUCCCAAAGAAGAAAGAUGCUAACUUCUACAAGCAGAAGAUGUUGUGGAAUAAGCAGAAAAUGCUGAUGGUGCAGAAAGAAGAAGAAACCUCUGCCAUGAUUGCUGAGAAUGAGAACUGGGCAGAAGAUUCUUCUGAGGAGGAGGAGGAGGAAGAUAAUUAUGCCCUUAUGGCACGUGUGGAAGGAGAUGAAAGAAAGGGUGAUGUUGCGAUCCCCGAAGGCGAGUGCACAACAAGCUCUGUAAGUACCUCCCAUACUUCUUUAAAUAAUCAAAUGCAGUCCUUACUUGAAAAAGACAAUCUAAUCAAAGAACUAAAGGAGAGACUAGACAAUAAUCAUAGAGUUCUGAAACAGAAUCUAGACCAAAAGUCUUCCUUAAGUAUUCAACUUGAAAUUGCAAAAGAUCAGGUCAAAAAGGUGUCCUCAGAUUUUGAAUGCUUUGAACUUAAGAUAGCUGAAUUAACUAAGAAAUUUGAGGACAGUGAACGGGAAAAAAUCACAGCAAAGGCUGAAUGCGAUUUUUUGCAUAACAAAAGAAGAACGCUUUUAAAUAAAGUAAAAGAACUAGAAGAUCUAGCUGCUAGAAGAGGUCAAUCUGAACAAACUGUUUUUCUGCUUAACAACAAACAAAAGGAUGACCGAUUCUACAAUGCUAAAACAGGACUGGGCAUAACCAACCCACGUAAUCUUAAGAAAGUUAAUUGCCUUCAAUUCUAUAACAAAGAUUACAUGGGACUAGGGUUUGGCGAGAAAAUGUAUUUUCGAAGUGAUGAAGACUAUGCUGAAGCAGAAGAAGAAAAGAGAAAGAAACCAAAACCUGCGAUUUCUUGUGAUUAUCCCUCUGUAAAUGAAAAACAACUUUCAGAAGAAAAACCUACUUCCAGCUUUAGUGAAUGCCUUGACCCUUAUGCCAAAGAUAUUCCUCACAUAGGACACCCUCUAGACCCUCCCCCAAGAGUUGGUAUUGCUAAAACUGGUGAGGAACCAUGUAUUUUUCCCAUGGCUCAAAAGCUCAAAAACCUACAGAAAACUCUUGAUGACGAGAGAGAGAGAUUUGAAACUGAAAAGAAAUGUUUUGAGCGCAACUGGCAGGAACUUCUUCAAAAAUUUAAUGAUUUGAGUGAGCAGUUUCAUGCUAAAACAGACCCUUCAACGACCAAGCCUGACAGCUCACACACCUCACAUGAGAAAAACAAUGCUUUUAAAGGUUCGUCCACUCAUCUCUCUUCUCCUUUGUUUACAGGGAAGGAAAUGAAUAAGGAAGGAGAAGAGAAGAAUGAGUGGAGGAAAAAGAGGAAGGAAAUCGCAGAUGGCAAAAAGAAAGUUUUCGAGAACAAUGCCAGCCCUAGAUCUAGUUCAAUUUUUUACUCAAAAGUUAAUUGUAAUUCUGUCUCUACAAAGCAAACUUCUAGUAGUUCAGUCUUGAGUCCCAAGCUGAAUAUUUCUGAGACAUCUUCUAGACAAAGUUCUAUUUAUAAUACAAGUGUUGCUUAUGGUUAUUCUGUUCCAGAUCCCCAUAAUUAUGAAUGUGAUAUGAAUGUUGUUAAAUCUAAGCCUUCCAGAAAGCUUAAACCUGAAAAAGAAACCAAGAAAGGAACUUCUAAGGGAACGUUUUGUAUUCCAGAUAUGAAAUAUGCCCUUAGAGUUCAUUCUAGGAAACAUCUUAAUCGGCUUUCUAAGGAGGAGAUUUUCAAAACCAAACUCAAGAAACAACCGUUCAAUCACAAAGCACCUGUCUACUCUCCUCCUGAACCUAAAACGGAAAGAUGGGUCCCCAAGAUAAGACCCGUCAAAGCUGAAACUAAGAGGUGGGUCCCCAAGAUGAGACCUACCAAAACUGAAACGGAAAGGUGGGUCCCCAAGAUGAGACCUACCAAAUCUGAAACGGAUAGGUGGGUCCCCAAACGAAGACCCAUCCAAACUAAAACUGAAAGGUGGGUCCCCAAACUUAGACCCAUCCAAAUGGAAAGGUGGGUUCACAACACCAGACCCACCAAAAUGGAAACUGCUAGGUGGACUCCAAAAACCAGACACACUGCAAAAGCAGAUCUGGCUAUUGGAAAGCCCACCAAAGAUAGAUCUUUUGUUGAAAGAGCAGCUGACCUUGGAUCACUGCUCAAAGCAAGAUUUAAAAAGGUGUUUCUUGAUAAUAAGGAAGGACCCACUCCAAGUUGGGUACCUAAACCUAUUUGAUUGUUUUGCAGGACGGUCAUGUGUGGCACUUAGACUCAGGAUGCUCAACCCACAUGACCGGAAUAAAGCACCUUUUGAGCAACUACACCAACUGCUACGGAGGAAAUGUCAGAUUCGGGAAUGACGCCUCAUCUCCUAUCCUUGGGUAUGGGGACGUCGUUUGUGCCAGUGUCACAAUAAAAGAUGUUUCUUUCGUCAAAGGGCUCAAACACAACUUACUGAGCAUUGGACAAUUCUGUGACAGCGGGAUGGAAGUGAGAUUCUUUGCAAAACAAUGCUGUGUUCUUGACAGCACAGGAAAUACAUUAUUAACGUGUUACAGAACAUCAAAUUUGUACACUAUUGAUCUGAAAAGCGUCCAAUCCACCACUUCCAUCUGUCUGCUGUCCAAAGCUUCAACUGAACAGAACAACCUAUGGCACAGACGUCUCUCCCAUCUGAACUUCAAACAUCUAUCAACCUUGUCCUCCAAGAAACUUGUCAAGGGGCUUCCUCUGCUAAAGUCUUCCGCUGAAAAUCAUUGUAGUGCCUGCAAAAUGGGCAAAAUGACGUGAAGCUCCCACAAGUCAAAAACUGAACCUUCAUCUACUCAUCAGUUGCAGCUAAUACACAUGGAUCUGUGUGGACCUAUGAGAGUUCAAAGCAUCAACGGUCGCAAAUACACUCUGGUGAUCGUUGAUGACUUCUCUAGGUAUACAUGGACAAAAUUUCUCCGAUCAAAAGACAAAGCUGCGGAAAACAUUAUGACCUUUAUCAGAACGAUCCAGAAACUGCUACAGCACAGUGUUCGAAUUGUGAGAACUGACAAUGGUACCGAGUUUAAAAAUCAAACUCUCACUGAGUUCUAUGAAUCACUCGGUAUCACUCAGCAAUUUGCAGCAGCUAAAACUCCCCAGCAGAACGAAGUUGUUGAGAGAAAGAACAGAACCCUUGUUGAAGCAGCACGCACCAUGUUAAUUCAAUCAAGACUGCCUCACUUCAUGUGGGCAGAUGCAAUCAAUACUGCGUGCUUCACUCAGAACAGAACCUUCAUCCACAAGCGCUUCGACAAGACUCCAUAUGAGAUCCUAUUCAACAAAACUCCUGAUAUUUUUUUCCUCAAGGUUUUUGGCUGCAAGUGCUUCAUACUCAAUGAUCGGACAGAGAGAAGUAAGCUGGAUCCCAAAGCCAGAGAAGGCGUGUUCAUUGGCUACUCACUGCAAUCCAAAGCUUACCGAGUCUACCUCAGAGACAAGCGGACUGUCAUCGAGAGUGUAAACGUUACAUUCUAUGAAAUGGCAGACUUUGCUAUUGAACAUCUCCAGACCGAUCCAUCCACUGCUGUACCAGUAGCUUCUGAUAAAGCUGAACCAAACACAGAACACGACGAUGUGAUUCUCGACUCUCUCUUCAGAAACUUUUACGAGAACUCACAAUCUCCACCUCCUGCAUACACUCCAGAGUCAACAUCAACUCCAACAGCAGAGAUUCCGCUCCUCACAGGACCAGAUGACGUACCAUCCACACCCUCAACCCCUCAAACCAAUCCCAGAGGUGUGGAUGAUCACGGCUUUGCCAUAAGUCCGGAAUCAUCUCCACUACACACCACAGCUGCCCCAGAGCCUUCAAACUCAUAUCAGGACUCAGAUCAACCAAUAAUUACUCCAACUCCUCUAGCUCAUGAGAGGAAGUGGACGAGAGCACAUCCUGUUGAACAAAUAAUAGGUGAUCCAAGUCAAGGUGUGCGAACAAGAUCAGCAACAACAAAUGAAUGUCACUAUGCAUGCUUUCUAAGCAAGAAUGAACCGUCCAAAGUCUCAGAGGCACUCGCUGAUCCAGAUUGGGUGAUUGCCAUGCAAGAUGAGCUCAAUCAAUUUGACAGACUAGAUGUAUGGACACUCGUGCCUAAACCCCCUCAGAAAACCAUCAUUGGCACAAAAUGGGUGUUCAAGAACAAGAAGGAUGAAGAAGGCAUAGUGAUACGGAACAAGGCACGACUGGUCGCUAAAGGAUAUAAUCAGCAAGAGGGCAUAGACUAUGAUGAAACAUUUGCACCCGUAGCAAGAAUUGAAGCAAUCCGCCUUUUUCUUGCGUACGCGGCCCACAAGAACUUUACUGUCUUUCAAAUGGACGUCAAGACUGCCUUUCUGAAUGGAGUCUUGGAAGAAGAAGUCUAUGUCGCUCAGCCCGAAGGAUUCGUAGAUCCCAAAUAUCCCGACCAUGUGUACAAGCUAAAGAAAGCUCUGUAUGGGUUAAAACAGGCACCAAGAGCUUGGUAUGAUGCAUUAACCGAAUUUCUGGUUGAUUCAGGUUUCUCAAAAGGGAAGAUUGAUACCACACUUUUCAUCAAGCGACAGAAGUCUGACAUCAUCCUGAUUCAGAUCUAUGUUGAUGACAUUAUCUUCGCCUCCUCAAAUCCACGCCUGUGCAAACACUUUGAGAAACUGAUGAAAACCAAGUUCGAAAUGAGCAUGAUGGGCGAACUGAAUUUCUUUCUAGGCCUGCAAGUAAGACAACUCUCUGACGGCAUUUUCAUCAAUCAGUCAAAGUACAUUCUGGAAAUGCUUAAGAGAUUCAACAUUGAUGGCAAAUCUUCCAUGACGACCCCCAUGUCCCCAAACAACAAACUGGACUCAAACCCCUCCGGGAAGCCAGUUGAUGCUACAAACUACAGGGCCAUCAUUGGAUCUUUGCUAUAUCUCACAUCAAGCAGACCUGACAUUGUUUUCUCCACAUGCUUAUGUGCACGCUUUCAGGCAAAUCCGAAGGAAUCCCAUCUGACCGCUGUUCGAAGAAUUCUGAGAUACCUCAAAGGCACUGUGAAUCUAGGCCUUUGGUAUCCCAAGCACUCAGGUUUUGACCUAGUCGGAUACUCAGAUGCUGACUUUGCUGGUUGCCGGAUGGACCGCAAAAGCACAUCGGGGGCAGUCCAAUUCUUGGGCGAUAAGUUAGUCUGCUGGUCUUCCAAGAAACAGAACUGUGUGUCAACAUCUACGGCCGAGGCAGAAUACGUCGCGGCUGCUAGCUGUUGUUCACAAAUAUUAUGGAUGAAGACCCAGCUAAAGGACUACGGUUACACUCUCCGCCAUAUCCCGAUCUACAGUGAUUCACAAAGCGCCAUAGCCAUCACCAGCAACCCGGUUCAUCACUCCCGCACCAAACACAUCGACCUGCGCUAUCAUUUCAUCAAGGAUCAUGUGGAAAAAGGAGACAUUGACAUGUAUUUUGUAAGCUCAGAGCUUCAACUGGCUGACUUGUUCACUAAGGCAUUGGAUGAAAAACGAUUCCAGUUCCUAGUCUCCAAGUUGGGCAUGUUGAACCUCGAGCCCAUUUAAAUAUGUCUCCACUGAUCUAAAAAGUGUGUGUGUGUGUGGGACUUGUAAAAAGUGUGUGUGUGUAGGAUUUGUAAAUAGUGUGUGUGCGUUGCAUGUGUUGAGGGGGAGAAAACCAGAAAAAUAACAAACAAAAAAAUAGUGUGCGUGUGUUGCAUGUGUUGAGUGUGUGUGAAAAAUCAAAAAGAACAAAAAAAAAAUAGUGUGUGUGCGUUGCAUUUGUACAUAUUUGUUCGUUGCAUUUUUUGAGGGGGAGAACAUUUUCACUGUUUGAGGGGGAGAAAAUUUUCACUGUUUGAGGGGGGAGCUAAUUUUCACUGAUUGAGGGGAGCCUUUAUUUUUUACUCAUUUGGGCCUCAAAAAUCUUUUAAAAAUGGCAUUUUGUGCUAGCCCAUACUUUCGGGCUCAUCUAUUUCGAAAGAGGCCCAAUCUUCUCGCGUAUAUAAGCCCUCGUGAAACCCUUCAUUCUUAUGUUUCUAAAAUCUUUUCGCAAAGGCACGGACUUUUCGCAUCUCAGAGCUCCUGACCGUUUCUCCUUCUUCUUCCCGAAAUACCGUUUUCGAAAUCCCCUCAGACCGUUUUCGCAAUCUCCAUCUCCUGUUUCUUAUUCACAACUACUUACGAAGGUAGUUCUUCGUUCGAAAUCAUAAUCUUCAACAUCGUUCGAAAACGAACGAUGAUUCUCGCAAAUCGAUUGUUUUUUCUCAAAAUCAAAAUAAAAAAAAAAGGUUUUUGUUAGAUUAUAGGUCGAAAUAGCUUGUUAUCGUUUUGUUAUAUCGUUGUAUUUGCAGGUGGAUUCUUCGCUUCGAAAUCACGAUUUCGAGAUUUUGGAUUUCAAGAUCUCGAGAUCGUCGAUUCAUCUUCUCGAAAUCAAGAUCUCGAGAUGGGCAUCUCGACAUCUUGAUCUCGA